GUCUGACGUACUGCAACAGCAAGAGGAACUCGUGUAGUUGGAAUAUUUUCUAUACAGACGUCAAGUCGAGGCCCAAUCAAAGGCGGAAAAGCCCGAAUAAAUUUGAUGUCAAACGGUGCACGACCAAUUGUUAUCGAUUGACUGCCUGAUACCUAGUAUUAGGACAUUCUUCGAAAAUCUAAAGCUUCUCGAACCCGCCAGUAGUAUACUUCGUACACUUGCGGGAACCUCAAAGAAUAGUAUAUGGGAUGCGUUCUCGGCAGCCUAUUUCAGACCAACGCGCUUCACCAUCGAGUGGGGGGAGGGUAAUAAUGUUGAGGCCAUGACCGAGAAUCCUCAUGAUGAGAAACAACUCGCAUAUCUCCAACUGUGGACAUUCUGCUUACGGCGAUUCACUGAUGUGACGAAUUUCACUCCUAGGAAAGAGCUAGGGCACCCGAAACCUCCUCUUAGCCGAUCGAACCAAGCUGUCAUAUGCAAGUUAGCCAGGAUGGCUUUUGAUCUUGGAUUUCGUAUUGAAUUUAUUGAGGAAGCCAUUACAGAAGACCCCAUGGACCUACUUGCCUGUCAUCUUGUCGAAGGCUCUGAAAUUUUACGUCUCAAAAUCCCAGAAAACGAGUGGCGAAAUAUUGCUGCUAUCUUGAGAAAGUCGGGUGCCGGGACAGGCUCUGUGCCAGACGCGCCGAUAUUUACCGAUCAGGGGCGAUUGGGGUCAGAAAGACGCUGUGGUCGUCCAUUUGAAAGAGACUACGAGGCCGAAAAAACUUCUCUAUAUUUACCUCCGCUUAUGGCACAAAUGAGAAAGCAUCACGCGAUCAGCGAUGGCGAGAAUAUCACAUCUCUAUAUGUUAAACUUGAUUUCUUGAAGACGUUUUUCGACGGCCUUGAUAUAAACGUCAAAUUCCUAGAUCAAACGGAGAACAUGCAGGUAGAUUCAGGUGAUCUCACCGAACUGCAGAACGACCUUGAAGCCCGAUUUGCCACGUCCCUACGUGAAGAGCAAAGUAAAUGCCUUGCGCUGACUCAGAAAAUCCAAGAUAUGGAGCAAGCACACCAUAAUAAAUUGCAGAAUGAGAAAUUAGAGAAGGCAGCUUUGAACAGUGACAUCGAGAUUUUGCAGCAACAGUCUGCAGCGCAAGCUUCGACUUAG